AUGACAGACUCGACAACAUAUGCAGAGGUUGAGAACAAGACAGAUGUGUCACUAUCUGAAGCGCUUAGCAACAAGCGCAAACGUGGCUCCCUCGACCAAAACUCAAAACGGCCGGCACCCAGUCAACGUGCGAAUUCUAACGCUGUUGAUCUCAGUGAUCAAGCAACUGCCAAUUUCCUUGCAGCACACAACGCCGGUGGCAACGACAACUCUCUAGACUUUAGCUCUCUUGGUCAAAAUGGGGGAAAUGUGUCCAAUAGCUCCGAUACCGCAGCUGCGGCACUUCACUAUUCCAUGACCGUACCCCAGGCUACUGAGCUCUCUUUCCAAAGCCACACGUCUGGUAUAGAUGGUACUCAACCCUUCAGUGCGUCGUUCCAAAUGGAAGACAACGAAGCUCAUAGUUUCACAGACUUCAGCGGUCUUGAUUCUCUGAAGACUGGAGGACAAUCAGGAAACACCGCUUCGAACGAGUCCCCAACAAGUGCCUCAAAGCCUGCAGUAGGGACAGACGAGUGGCAUAAGUUAAGAAGGGACAACCACAAAGAGGUUGAACGUCGUCGUCGAGAGACUAUCAAUGAAGGAAUCAAUGAACUUGCUAAAAUUGUGCCUGGCUGUGAGAAGAACAAGGGCUCCAUUCUUCAGCGCGCAGUACAGUUUAUAACCCAGUUGAAAGACAACGAAUCAUCAAACAUUGAGAAGUGGACACUCGAAAAGCUUCUGACCGAACAGGCCAUUACCGAGCUUAGUGCCAGUGUCGACAAAUUCAAGGCCGAGAUGUCAAGGGCUUGGGAAGAGUGUGAUAUCUGGAAGCGUGCUUGUAAUAAUGCUGGCAUCGUCCCAGAUGAGUACAAAGACCAGGACAACAAUGUCCAAAAUGGCGACAGCUGA